ACUGGCUCUACUGACGUCACAUGCUGUCACAGGUCAAGUUGGGAACGAAAAAGCAAGCUUGGGAUCCUACGAGUACAAAGGCGUAGGAAUAUAAUAAGAAAGCCGCUCUUUUCUUGUACGAUAGCUAUUCCAUUUUGAAUACACCAAGAACGAAAUACUUUGAAAUACUUCGAGAGGAAAAGACGUUUAUCUCGAUUCCGUGCCAUCUCGAACUCGACAAACCAAACGAACAUCCACAUACAACCACAUACAACCAACAUGUCGUCCUCAGACAACACCGCCAACAAACAGCACAAUGAGCAACAAGGCGACCACAUCCCCACGACCAACGAGUCCCAACCCGAAGAGCAACAAUCCACCUCCUCAGGCGGCCUCCUCUCCUCCGUCGGCGACCCCCUCGGCAAAGCCCUAAACAAAGGCCUCCGCCCCAUCGGCUACCCCCUAGAAAAAGGCGUAACAGGCCCUCUCGGCAACGCGCUCGGCGGCACGACGCGUGGCGCGCUGGGCCCGCUCAUGGGCGAGCAGCACGAGCGGAUGGAGGUGCUGGGCGGAGACAACAAGGAUAGCUAUGAGAGUACGCCUGAGAAGAUCGCGGGUAAGGAGCAGACGGGGGAUAAUCCCCUGGGGUUGGAUCAGAGCGGUAGGUGGGGGUUUAGGGAUGAGUGAGUAGGAGAUGGAGCGGGGGGGAGUGUAUGAUUAUUAGGUAGUGAGAUGGAUGGGGAAUAUGAAUAUAUCCUGGGUUUUUCUUUUUUUGAAUGUAAAGAAAUAUGAAUGUUAUAGUGUAAUGUCGCGGAUACAAGGGUGGUUUGUUGCGAAAGGAACUUGUCAGUGCAGAAUGCCGCGACGUUCUUCUGAAGUGUGUUUAAUAUGGGGUAUAUAUAUGGUAGAUGAAGCUCUUUUCCCUUUUAUUUUGUUCCCGACCAUAUCCAAAAAUGCGCCGUCCCAUGCCAUCCGGUCCCGGGAAAGGAGAGAGCAAAAGGAAAGAUAACAGAUGACACAAGCAUUACAACGUAGAAAGCAUCCGUUCAAAACAUCUCAUC